AAUGGGUCGAGAAAUUGUCAGUUUGAACGUUGGACAAGCCGGUUGCGAGUUGGCAACGUCUGUCUGGCAAUUAUAUGCAGCUGAGCAUAAUAUAGACGCUAAUGGAAAGAGAUCAAAGGAGAGGUCUGAAGAGGACGGUUGUGAUUGCUUUUUUGCGGAAACUCUUUCUGGUCAAUUCGUUCCAAGAACCAUUUUACUUGAUUCAGAGCCAACAGUAGUUGAUAAAAUUAGAAAUAGUAAUCAGAAACAUCUUUUUCAUCCAAGCUAUAUUAUAAAUGGAAAAGAGGACGCCGCUUCGAAUUUUGCUCGUGCCUACUUUCAGAUAUCUAGCGCUCAAACUAACCUAAUGUCCCAAUUGGACGAACAAAUUCGGAAAUUAGUCGAGAACUGUGAUAAUCUUCAGGGAUUCUUUAUGCUUCAUUCUUUCGGUGGUGGAACUGGAGCUGGUUUAACAGCAAAGCUAAUGGAAAUUAUGUCAAGGGAAUAUGAAAAGAAGACAAAAUUUUCUUUUUCUAUCUAUCCGUCUUCCGAAAUAUCUCCCGUCAUAGUGGAACCUUAUAAUGCUGUACACGCUUCUCACCACAUGAUGGAUCAUAGUGAUUGCUGCUUUCUAUACGAUAACGAAGCAAUUUUUGAUAUUUGCCAAAAUCGCUUAGGAGUAGAACAGCCGUCUUACGUCAAUUUGAACCGACUAAUUUCACAAGUUCUUAGUUCCAUUACGGCUUCUUUAAGAUUUACAGGUUGUCUAAAUGUUGAUUUAGCGGAGUUUCAAACAAAUUUAGUGCCUUAUCCACGUAUUCACUUCCCUUUGACCUCUUUUUCACCCUUUAUACCACCUUCCAGUGUAAAUCACGAAAGGAUGAGUGCAAAGCAACUGACAUCUGAUGCCUUUGAGCCUCAUAGUCAGAUGGUAAAAUGUGAGCCUUUGAAACAUCAAUUUAUGGCUUGUUGUAUGCUAUAUAGGGGAGAUUUUACACCUAAAGAUGUUAAUUCAGCUAUACAGUUCCUCCGAGGAUCAAGAUCUUUGUCGUUUGUCGACUGGUGUCCGACUGGGUUUAAAGUAGGAAUAAAUAGCCAAUCGCCAAUAACAGUUGCAGAUUCCGAUCAGGGAAACACUAACAGAGCACUCUGUAUGCUAUCGAAUAAUACCGCAAUAUCUGGAUCUUGGAAAUCUCUUGGCCGUAAAUUUGAUUUAAUGUUUAGAAAAAGAGCAUUCGUACAUUGGUACGUAAUAGAAGGAAUGGAGGAGGGAGAGUUUAACGAAGCACGCUACGAUCUAGCAGCUCUGGAAAAGGAUUACGAAGAAGUUUCAGCUGAAACUGUUGACAAUUCUGAAUCUUGCGUCAAGAGCACUGCAGUUAAUUCAAUUAACAAUCUUCCAAUGAAGGUCAUCACUUGA